AUGGUGCCAAUCCACAAAACUGGCAAUCUAAAUCGAGUAGAAAAUUACAGAGGCAUUUCGAUACUUUGCUGCCUCGGUAAGGUUUUCGAGAAACUGGUGCACCAGUUUUUGUACAAUGCAUCUAGACCGUUAAUAUGCGAGUUCCAGCAUGGUUUCGUGGAACGGCGAUCAACAACGACCAAUUUGAUGUGCUACACAAACACUCUGUUCCACGAAGUCGAGGCUCGUAGUCAGGUUGACUCAGUCUACGUGGACGUGGACGAGCAUUUGACACCGUACCACACAUCCAUAUCACUGAGAAACUUCUGCACAUGGGCUUCCCGAUUUGGAUCAUUGAGUGGCUCAAAUCUUAUCUAA